AAGCCAACGCUUAUGUCUUCUUUUUCAUCCACACCACCAAAAAUGCUUGCCUUAUACCUAUCGCUUCCAAUAAUAACAUUCGGAUUAGGCUAUCUCUUAGGCAAACCUGCAAAAUUAUCUACAAAGUCAGAUUUUACUGAUGAGUCUGAUGACGAAGACGAUCAAACCGGACUGGAUACUGUCAAACCAGGUAUACUAGAACCUUGCAAGCUUGUCCUAGUCGUUAGAACAGAUCUUGGUAUGACAAAAGGCAAGAUUGCAGCACAAUGCUCUCACGCUACUUUGGCUUGCUAUAAAGCCCUUCAACAGUCUAACCCAACUCUACUUCGUCAUUGGGAGCGUACAGGGCAAGCUAAAAUCACUGUUCAAGCUAAAUCUGAGGAAGAGUUGUUAAUAUUACAAGCACAAGCUCAAUCAUUAAAUGUUUGUGCAAGAAGUAUUCAAGAUGCGGGCCGAACUCAGAUUGAGGCAGGAUCUACAACAGUUUUAGGUAUUGGUCCAGCCCCUGUUGAUCUCGUUAACAUGGUUACCUCAAAUCAGAAGCUCUUGUAGAUUAUUAUGCACAUAUAUCGAAAUUUUGAUAAGCUGUAGAAUGAUUAUAUAUAAUCCACUUAAAAUCAAGCCUGGUUGCAAGUCAUUACUAAGCUCACCAUCGCUUGAUCAGUACCAAUAUGGUUGUGCCCAAGUGAU